CUAAUUAGUGAAAAAUAAAAUACUCAUGGAUUAUUGUAAGGAGCUUGCUUAGUUUUCUUCCUUGGAGCACUUGUGCACGUCAGCUAGAACGUCACAACCCGUGUCCUUUGAUAAAGCAAACCCCAUUUCCGUAACCUUAUCAGUUUUCUGGAUGCAACACACCAUAAUGUCCGGGCUGUCGGAAUACUUUAUGCCCCAAGUUGAAUAAUCUGGAAGUUGAUGGUUACGGCACGAUGAAUACAUUCCAAUUGAAGGUGGGUUGACCGUGAUAUUCAGUCGGGGAGAAAAAAAUACUACGGAUGUGAACGGUUUAAGAUGAAUUUCUGUAUUUUAUGUCCUCUCUCUCUGCUUUCUAUAUCUUUAUCUUUUCAUUCAUGUUAGUUACGGUGGGAAUUCUGUUUCUUAAUUAGCUCCAACCGAUUCAUGCCAUCGGUGUCCCCAGACCACAUAACCGCAAUAAUAACAGGACAAGUAGAAGGAUUAAAGUAUUCAGCAGGAGUUUCUAUUGGUUAACUGUUAGUACGUAUAAACUGUCGACGAACUAAUGACAUUACAGAUUCAUGGGUUUAAAAGUAAAUGACUGGUUACCCUGCAUUAUUGGAAAGAUACAGCCAAAACGCUGACAGGUGUCUAAUCAUAGUUCUAGUGAUAAUUGUACCAGCUAAAGCUGCACUACGGGUGGGAUUUUAAACAAUCUGCCCUUCCAAAAUGUUUUUGGUUGUGCUCCACAAUCCCUUGCACUCUCUUUACUAGAGAGAUGCUAUAUAUAGAGUGCCUUGGCUCUGAGCUUUCCAUGUUCUAAACACUUGUUUUUCACUCACUCCAGCUUCUGAUCGAAGAUGGAGCUUGUGAUAUUUCUCUUGCUCAUUUCAGCGACCCAAGUGUCAUCUCUUGGUGCUUGCCCUAAAUGUGGGAGCAUGGAGGUUCCAUACCCACUUAGCACAGAUGGCACCUGUGGGGACCCUAGGUACAAGGUGUACUGUAAGAAUGGAGGUCUAGAGUUUCUGUCGGCUGAGGGAGUUUACUAUGAGGUCCUCAGCAUUGACCCUAGUGCUUACAAGCUUGUCAUAAGUCCACCCAUGAUACAGAAUAAUACAUGUUUUUCGUCUGACCUUAGUGUAGGAGGCUUGAGUCUGGAUGAGAACUUGCCAUUUAACAUAUCCACUCACAACACUGUGAUUCUGCUGAAUUGCUCCAGCAACAUCCUUCUUUCGCCACUGAAUUGUUCUUCAAGCAGCUUUUGUCGGGCUUAUGAGGACAAGGUGUUGGAGGGAACAGGGUGUAGAAACACUCUGUGCUGUCAUUACUUGAAAGAUUCAGCCAUGACCUCACAUAGAAUUAGGAUUAGGGUUGGAGGGUGCACUGCAUACACUUGCGCGGUGAAUAUUAAGCCUGACGAUCCAGUCGAUUCAUGGAAUUAUGGUAUUGAGCUGCAAUGGGUCCGUCCAAGUUGAGGUUUUCUAUCAAGGUGCAGACCAAAUGCAGUAUUGUGCAAUUGUUUAAAGGGAGGGGUUAAAAGUCCGUGUAAUACGGUGUCCUGUCUCCUCCGAAGCAUGUCAAAUUGUAAAAUGAAAGAUUGUCGCAUGUUCUGUCGUGUCUAGUUAUUGGUCGUGUUCCGUAUCUUCUAUAAAUGUCCAUGCUUAGUUAGGUCCUAUGUAUGACCUUCUAAUUGAGUAAGUGGAGCUGGAGAUGGUUGACGAUGCUCAGUCUAAUGAUCUUUUCUUGGUAUUCUCUGCAUAAAUCUCAAUUUGGCUUUGUUUGCUGUUGCCAUGCAUGCUUCA